AUGGCUCCCGGAUUCUGGAAGAAUCUAACAGGAAAAGGGACUACAUCCAGGCGACCACUCAACACAUCAUUUCGUCAACAAAGACUUCGAGCAUGGCAACCAACGUUAUCCCCUCAGAAUACCCUCCCUAUGCUUGUCGUUCUUAUAACGAUAUUUGUACCCAUAGGGAUCGGACUUCUUAUUAGUGCGAUCAACGUACAGGAUAUAACGAUACGGUAUGAUACCUGUCAAAAAAUAGCUAACCAGAAUGCAUUUUCUACUAUUCCAAAACAAUACGUUAGUACUCAUUUUAAGACACAGUUGGGGUAUCAACCUAAAUGGAUGCUCAUAAUUAGCAAUGAUGCCACCGAUGAAGCUCCAAUAUGCAGGUUAAAUUUCCAAAUACCAAACAUUUUAAAUUCACCCAUAUAUAUAUAUUACAAAUUGACAAAUUUUUAUCAGAACCAUCGUGUAUACAUAGAAUCUUAUGAUUUAGACCAGCUAAAAGGGUCUGCCGUUAAUUUGAGUACUUUAGACAAGAACUGUAAACCUCUCAAUAAAGAUAAUACUACGGGAAAAAUAAUCUAUCCAUGUGGACUGGUCGCAAACUCUUUAUUCAAUGAUACAUUUGAGUCCAGAUUAAGAGGAACCAGUGGUACAGAAGAUUUUAUUCUAACGAAUAAUAAUACUGCUGGAUCAACUGAUAAACGCAGAUAUAAGAUGACGGAAUAUAGCGCUUCUGACAUAGUCCCGCCGCCUAAUUGGGCCAAACGAUUCCCAGAUGGUUACAACGAAACUAACAUACCUAAUUUACAUACCUGGCAAGAAUUUCAAGUAUGGAUGAGGAACGCAGCAUUACCGACAUUCUAUAAGAAAAUAUUGCAAAAUGAAUCAUCUGCAUUGCCAAAUGGAGAUUAUUCGAUAGAUAUUACGUUAAACUAUCCAGUGUAUUCGUUUAAUGGUACAAAGACAUUUGUUCUAACAACUAAUAGUGUAGUAGGAGCAAAAAAUAUAUGGCUUGGGAUUGUGUAUUUAAUAGUAGCAGGUAUAUGUGUCUUGUUUUCGCUGAUUUUCUUGCUGAAUAUCAUAUUCCAGACAAAAAAAUUAGAGGAUCAUCAAUAUCUGAAUAAUGUUCCUAGUGAAUCGCUAAUUGGCCUGCAAGAACCUAGAAGUUUUGGAGUCGACACUAUUCAUUCUACUUCAGGGAUAAACAAUGAUCAGAAAAAUAUGAGAUUCCCUGUCAGAGAAAUCCUGUAA